UCCCAAAAUUCCUCUAUACCAAAAACGAACCGGAAAAUGUCGAAAAACUCAAAGAAUCCCGAAUCAUUGGUUCCCUUCGAACCGGACCUCCGUUCGCCGCUGCUAGUACCGGCGGUGGCGGAGGAGAAAGAUUCUAUGGAGAGGCUAUGCAUAGACGACAUGCUGAAGAAAUACUGCGGCGAGUUCGGGUGGUGGCAGCUGCGGCACUUCGUGCUGACGAACAUGGCGUGGGCGCUCGAGGCCUUCCACACCAUGGUCGUCAUAUUCGCCGACCGUGAACCGUCGUGGCGGUGCACGGCAGGCGGCGCCGCCGCCGGAGGCUGCUCGCCCGAGGCGAAGAGCGUGUGCGGGAUGGAACCCGGUUCGUGGGAGUGGGCCGGCGGCCGAGGAAGCUCGACGGUGGCGGAGUUUGGAUUGAUUUGUUCGGAGAAAUACAAGGUGGGGUUGGUGCAGGCCUUGUUUUUCGGCGGCUGCAUGAUAGGUGCUGGAGUAUUCGGCCACCUUUCAGAUUCAAAACUGGGAAGGAAAGGCUCUCUAAUAGUAGUAUGCCUCUUGAACGCCAUUUUCGGAUGUCUGACGUCACUCUCUCCAGACUACUGGAUCUACGCCCUCCUCCGCCUCCUCACCGGUUUCAGCACCGGCGGCGUCGGCCUCUGCGCCUUCGUCCUCGCCACCGAGCCCGUCGGACCAUCCAAGCGCGGCGUCGCCGGAAUGUCCACUUUCUACUUCUUCUCCGGCGGCAUCGCCGCCCUCUCCGGCAUAGCCUAUUUAUUCCGAUCAUGGCGGUCGCUGUAUCUCGCCACCUCCAUUCCGUCGAUCCUCUUCCUUUUCUUCGUCCUCAUUCCUUUCGUCUCCGAGUCACCCAGGUGGUACCUCAUCAGGGGCAAAACGGGACUCGCCAUGCAAACCAUGCGCAGUAUCGCCGAAUUGAACGGAAACUUUCUCCCCGACGACGGCGUAACCCUCGCCAUCGACGAGGACGCGAACGGGAAAACCGGAAACGAAUCGGAGGCGGCGGAGGAGGAUGAGGAAGAAAUCGCCGGCGGAUCUAUUCUGGACGUGCUCCGGUCGCCGUUGACGCGGAUCCGUCUUCUACUCGCGGUUUCUAUCAAUUUCUUCUGCUCGAUUGUCUACUACGGGCUGAGUUUAAACGUGGUGAAUCUCGGCACGAAUAUCUACCUGAGCGUUUUCCUCAACGCGGUGGCGGAGAUGCCGGCGUUUCUUUUAACGGCGAUCUUACUCGACAGGUACGGACGGAAGCCAUUAGCCAUCGGGACGCAGUGGUUCAGCGGGGGGUUUUGCUUGGUCGGAGGUUUGAUAAAGGCGUUCGGAGUGGGGAAGACGGCGAGAAUGGUUUGUAGUGUAAUGGGGAUAUUUGGGAUGGCGGGGACUUACAAUUUGCUGUUUAUUUACACGGUGGAGCUUUUUCCUACGGUGGUGAGGAACGCGGCGUUGGGGUGCGCGACUCAGGCGGCGCAGAUGGGGGCGAUUCUGGCGCCGGUGGUGGUGGUUUUAGGGGAGAGGGUUCCGUUUCUGGUUUUUGGGGUGUGUGGGAUUGUCGGAGGUGUGUUGGCGUUUUUUCUGCCGGAGACUUUGAAUAGGCCGUUGUAUGAUACCAUGGCCGGAAUUGAGGAGGGAGAAGGCGAUGCUUGAACUCGAGUUGACUUAGAUGUUACACCUGGUUAUUUACGUUACAUUUGGUGGAUUUCAACUGUCGAUCGAUAUAUAAUCACACACUCGUGUGUAUGUCUGCGCUGAGUGAAUGGUUAUUUAAUGACAUCUAGAUUUGAAAUCCAUUUAGGCUAGUAAAUAACUAGAUGUAGUAUCAGACUUUCGUUUAUGUGACAUGUUAACAGUUGGGUUCUUGAUUCUUGUAUUUAAUUGUUCUUUUGAUUUGAAAAACGAAAAAUGUAGUAUUAAUGUGUUUAAUUAGCUGUUUAUUGACCAAAAAAUAAAUAAAUAAAUUAGUGGUAAAUUCUUACCACAUUUUCUUU